GUCAUAUGACGUCCUACCAUUCUCACUACGCAUGCGCGGCUCAGGGAGUACGCAGCGCGGGGGGCAUGUACACUGAUCAUCAGGGCACUGAUGAUCAGUGUGCCCUGAUGAUCAGUGUGGCCCCAGAAGUGCCACCUGUCAGUGCUCAUCAGUGCCACGUGCCAGUGCCCAUCAGUGCCACGUGCCAGUGCCCAUCAGUGCCACAUCAAUGCCACAUAUCAGUGCAUACCAGUGCACAUCAAUGCCACAUAUCAGUGCCCAUCUGAGCUGCCUUUCAAUGUCACCUAUCAGUGCCAGUCAGUGCCACCUAUCAAUGUCAAUCAGUGCCACCUAUCAGUGCUGCCAAUCAGUGCCAAUCAGUGUCACCUAUCAGUG